AUGGGGAAAACCAUCAAAUCAUGCGAUCUUCCCAACAUUCUAGUAGAGUUCAACAAUAUCCAAGAUGAUUUGCCGCGAGAGAUCAAAGAUGAAAUUUCAAUAUCAAUACCUGAAGAAGAUUAUGAGGCAGAAAAUAAGUUGAAUCCCGAGCAACAUAAGGUUUUUUCAAGAAUAUUAGAUUUUGUAGAAAGAGGAAAAAGUGGCAUUUUCUUUAUUGAUGGACCAGGUGGAAUGGGGAAAACAUUUCUAUACCGUGCAUUGUUAGCUCAUAUUAGAUCCAAGAAACGUAUAGCAAUCGCAACUGCAACAUCUGGAGUUGCUGCUGCAAUAAUGCCAGGCGGAAGAACUGCUCAUUCACGUUUCAAAAUACCAUUAGAUGCAAAUGCCUCGAGUAGUUGCUCUAUAUCUAAACAAAGUGGAGCUGCUGAGCUAUUACGCAAAGCACAAUUGGUAAUAUGGGAUGAAGCUCCAAUGGCUAAAAGAUGGGCUAUCGAGAAUGUUGAUAAAUGCCUUCAACAUAUAAUGGGAAAUGAUAAAUAUUUUGGUGGAAAAGUUGUUGUAUUUGGUGGAGAUUUUCGACAAGUAUUGCUGGUUGUUCCUAGAGGAACGGUCCACCAAACAAUUUGUGCGAGCUUGGUUAAAUCACCUCUAUGA